CCAUAUCAAUAGACAUAUAGACUAUAGACUUACGUUCAGAUAUCCGUCCAAGGCUCUCGAUUAAUUGCUGUACAGUAUGGACCCGGAACCUAGACCCAAACGGCGGUGGUCUACCUCGCCAGACCGGCCGGACAAGCGUAUUCGCCUCUCGCCUUCUUCAGCAACAUCAUUAUCAACAUCAAUAUCAGCAACAUCUUCGACUUCGACUUCAAUACCUUCGGAACAUACAGAGCUUGCCGCCCGUAGUGCCGUCUUCAAUUCGGCCGAAAUCUUCUUGCUCAUCUUGUCCUUCUUGCCGGUGGACGAGCUCAUCAAUGUCGAGCGGGUAUGUCGGUAUUGGAGGAGGAUGGGCGAGGAUGGGAGUCUGUGGAAGAAGAUGUACCUCGAAAGGUUUCCUUAUCCCAGCAUGCACCAUUUACGAGCCCAUACGCACGGACGUACAAGGAUACCGAACGAAAUAUCUCUUCUCGCGACACCUCUUCCUCUGACGCCCCGUUCGACUCCUCCCGCACGGCGUUCGUCGGACACCGGGAGCGUAGAUUGGAAGACCCUGAUGCGAAUCGGCACGAAUUGGUCGACGGGGAACGCCGUCACGCAUUCACUGUCCCCAUCUCCUUCGCCGAGCGUAAUGUCCAGGAGGGGUCAACGACAGGGAGAAGAGGAUGGGGAUGAUCUGCCUGGUCCAUCAAGAAGGCGGACGACCUUGAGGUCGACAGAGACUGUUUCACCAACACUGGCGCGGAGAACGGUCGUUCCGUCAGCAGACGCAUCCCCAUAUCCGGUCCAUCCGCCUGGAUUUCCACUACCGCCCGUCAGCUCGGGCGAUGUUGGCAUGACCUACAACCCACGACUCGGUCCUCUUCGCACACGUAUACCACAUCCACCACCCCGACCCCGUCAAGAACCACAUACUCAAGCUCUGGUACCUAAACAACUCCUCUGUCUGGCUGGAAGUUUCGUACUGGUCGCAUACCCGAAUUCACCGCUUUUGCACGUACACGAUUCAAGACCCCUUCAAACCAAUCCCGUAGCGUCUGGCAGCGGUCCCAAUCCAAACAAUUCUAUCAUGACCCAACUUUCCCGAACGAAGGAUACCGCAACGACGACAAUAACGCCUAGCACGAUGACCACGAUGAACCGUCCGAUCGCCUUGAUCCCACCUCCGCCUGGCUGGUCUUCCCCCUCCCGACCCGAUUACAUCACGGCUAUGGCUACGGACGAGUCUGAAUCAGGCGAUACCGAUGAUCUCCGCUUGGUCCUGUUUUAUCGAUCUGGAGGGUUUGUCAUCUUGACCCUACAUCAACCUGAUCUACAUGUGAAUCACGUCGAAGAUGCGGAUGGGAUCGAGGAUGUCGAGCGAGCACCUGGGAAGAUAUGGAACAGGUCGGUUGUACAUGUUCCCGCUGCGAACAAGAGGAAUAGGAAACGUCACUACAUCCCCCCGCCGGAAGAGAGGGUCGUCCUGGUAGGAUUGAGGGGAAGGGUGGUCGUCGGCGUCACUGGCGGAUUUUAUAUCUCCAUCUACGAAACCGGGGACGGGGUUGAGCAUGGGCAAAGCGGGAGCGCCAGGUUGGUCAAGGUGAUACACUCGGCGGUGGCCAGUUGGCCAGCGAGCCUGAACCUCGAUGGAGGCGACGAGGACGAGGACCAGCAUUGGGAACACGACGACUACGAUGAAGAGGAUGAGAGAUCGAAAAGGAAGAGCUCGACGUGUGUGAUCAGAUUGGGGUACAGUUCCCCGAUCUACCCGAGGAGCUGGAAACCUUCGAUCCAGGAGAUCCGGGUCCGAUUAUCCGUUUCGAUACCUACGACAACUUCUUUGACAAGAACAGAGCCUCUGACAUCUUCUUGGACGCCCUUACCUGAGAUCGACCUUCCAGAUCCGAUCGAGCUCGUCCGACCCUCCUCGUCUUCUAAAAAUCAGCGCGAGCCGUAUGUCGGGGUAAAGACCCGUCCGGGCGCUCUGGCGAGGGUGUUGGCACUGGAUAAAGGGUGGUGUGUCUUAGCUGGGAAGGACGAUCUGGUAGAGGUCUACCGGGUUGGCCAUUCCAUCACCCCAAACAAGAUUCCGACCAGGACGCAGAGCAAGAAUGGGUACGAGAACUCAUCUGGGUCCAGGAUCACACGCAAAGACACCCCAAAAACCAACACAGCGUCAAGGUCGCCGGUCAUAGAACACUCCCAGACUCUCCUAGGGCACGGAUCUGGGAUCAGGUCGGUCGCACUGCGAGACGGACGAUGCGUAAUCUCAGGGGAAGACGGGAGGGUCUUGGUCUGGAGUUUAGACCGGGGCGCUACGGUCCAGCCGGCGGAUGCGGAUCCGGAUGCCGAGGACGAAGACGAAGACGACGAAGAUUAUUCGGAGAGGGACGGAAGGAGGAGGAAGGAUGGGGUAGUCGAGAUCAAGGAAGGGAGACGACGGAUAAAAGCACAAGCAGAAGAAGGACAGGCCGAUCAUAGUUCUGGGCAGGACGGAUGGAAGCGACAGAUCUUACCUGUCCCGCCUGUCACCCACCCCUUAUCGUUAGUCUCUGCUGCUAGGGAGUUGAUGCUCGCUUCGCCUACCUCGUCGUCCUCGGCCGGAGGAGGACCGGAGAAGGGGAAAGUCAAAGACCUGGCUUUCAACGAGGAUACGAUUGUCGGGUUGAUGCUAGACGACAAUGAGGGCACGGAGGGCGAAGAUGGGGAUGCGAAAGGAGGUGCAGGAGAAGGGGUGGUCAGGGUGUGGAAAUUUGACGCAUAGGUUGUCAUCAAGAUCAGAAAGGGGUUAUAUACUUAUACUAUACCGCACAGGCCAGAGCAGGAUAUUCCAUGAGAGAGAUCUUGUCGCAACCCUACUGUGCCAUAUUACCGUACCCAGCCUUCAUCUGAAUUUGAGCCUUGCUCAACAUCAGAGCUACCAAUGUCUGCGUACAUAAGGAUCUAUUGCCAUGCUGGUACUCUACAGUUUCUCAACCCGGAAGCCAAGACGA